AUGGCACAGUCCGGACGCCCUUCUAUACUGAAUGCUACUGAUGAGGACAUCAAGCAGCUCCUUGCUGCUAGCUGCCAUAUUGGCUCCAAGAACUUAGAGGUCCGUAUGGACCCUUAUGUCUGGAAGCGCCGUAGCGAUGGCGUCCACAUCCUCAAUGUUGGUAAGACUUGGGAAAAGUUGGUUUUGGCCGCUCGUAUCAUCGCUACAGUUGAAAACCCUGCCGAUGUUUGCGUCGUGUCUACCCGUGCUUAUGGUCACCGUGCUGUUCUCAAGUUCGCUGCUCAUACCGGAGCUACUGCCAUUGCUGGCCGUUUCACCCCUGGUAACUUCACCAACUACAUCACUCGUACUUACCGCGAACCCCGUUUGAUUAUUGUCACUGAUCCUCGUGCUGAUGCCCAAGCCAUCAGAGAAGCUUCUUUCGUCAACAUUCCCGUCAUUGCUCUUACCGACACUGACUCUUGCUUGAAUCACAUUGAUGUUGCUAUCCCUACCAACAACAAGGGCCGUAAGUCCAUUGGUUUGAUCUGGUACUUGUUGGCUCGUGAAGUCCUUCGUCUUCGUGGCACCCUUUCUCGUUCUACUGCUUGGGAAAUCAUGCCCGAUCUUUAUUUCUACCGUGAUCCCGAAGAGGUUGAGCGUGAAGAGGAGGCCAAGAAGGCUGCUGCCAUUGCUUCUGAGGAAGCCCAAGUUGAAGAAGCCGCCGCAGCUGCCGAAUUUAAUGUUAACGACGGUGCUGCUGGUGCUGUUGACCCCACUGUUCUUGCCGCUGCUACUGCUGGUCAAGUUGGUGAGAACACUUGGGAAGAGACUGGUGAGUGGAAUACCACCGGUGCUGCUGCUCAAACUUCUGAUUGGGCUCAAUAAAAUCUUUCCUUUAAUCUUUAAUUAAAAUAAAAUGGUAUCCAUGGUUGGUGA